GCUGAGUAUCCAAAGCGAACGGUCGUUAACAUUCGCGUCUACAUCCGAGAACCACAACUGAUCUGAGCUGCAUACAUAUCGAAAUUGCAUGCAACACAAUUGAGGCAGCUGGAGACACACAGAGUGCUGCUUAUACAGUAGCCUAAUAACAAUAACAAUAACAAUAACAAAAAAAAAAUUAUCAAAUUUGUGUGUGUGUUUGUGUCUGAAUAGUGUACACUACCUCGUACGCUAUUGUGCUUUUUUUCUGGGCGCUACUUGCAACUUACUACGGUUGCUGUUGCAACAAGCAGCCGCCCGCUACUUUGGCUUGCAUAUUAGGCAACAACCAACAACCGACAACCGACAACAUACAACAUAACAACAACUCUAGUUACCUUUUUUUAUAGGCCAAGUCAUGCAAAUUUAAUACAUACUAUUUAGUUUGGUGUGGCAGGAAAAAUAAAAGCUGUGUGUAAUUGACCGUAUUGCAGCUGCAACUAAUGCAAAAUCGAUUAAUCGUUUUAGUUUAACGAUACAUUAAGUCGCACGCGUUUUUUAUCGCGCGCAUUUCAAUUCGAGGCGAUUGUGGUUUUUGCCUCACUCAAGUGCAUGCUGCCGGGGUGAGAGCGAAGGAGAGAGAUAGAGAGAAAGAGACACUUGUUGUCGCCUUGUUGAAAAGGUCAAAACAAAUAAGUACAUAACAACAAAAACAAUAACAAUAACAAACGAGUAAAGAAAAGUGACGGGCAGCAGAGCAGCUGACGUCUUAGCAACAUUAUCACCAUCAUCACGUUAGCAACAUUUGCAGCAUUCGUUAGCAACAUGUUGCCAAGGAUCACAUUUGUGCUCAUUGUCUUUUGUGGAUAUUUACUGUUUACGGAUUGCCGCGAAACGGUUCGAUCUAAGCGGGCCAAAAGGCCACGAGCACCCGAACCCGUUAACUUUGAGCCGGAGCCACAACAAGAUCUGGAGAAUGAGGAAAGCGGCAGCCAGGAGAAGGAUCUGCCGGAAAUACCCGAGAAUUUUUUGAGUCCCUCGGUCCGGGAAUAUCUGGAGCUGGGCAAGUCCAUUCCGGGUCGACCCGGAGUGGACUAUCCAAUACUCUCGGCUGUACCCUAUACAAACUUCUACUGUGACGAGCAGGCCUAUCCGGGUUUCUUUGCGGACAUGGAAACCAGGUGUCAGGGCUGGCACUAUUGCGAUAUUGAUGGGCGACAGGCCUCAUUUCUCUGCCCCAACGGAACCCAGUUCUCACAGGCAGUCUUCGUCUGCGACUGGUGGUUCAAUGUACGCUGCGAUCUCUCUCCUCGGCUGUAUGCAAUCAAUGCCCGUCUUUAUCAGCGCCCAAAGGUGAAUCCUACGCGACCACAUCGUAUCAUCACCAAGCAGCUGGUCGAGGACAUCUUCACCUAAACAGCAAUCCCUUAUCAAUAGACUUACAUAAAUAGUUAUCCAACGACUAUUAGCCGAUAGGUUUAUAUAUUGAGGUAUAAACAUUUAUUGUAGAUCUUAAAUAAAAAUAAGUUCUUCUGCAGCAAGACUUGCAGUACCUUAAAGUUACAAGAAAUAUUUCAUCUAGCAUUUCAUCAAAAACAUUCUAUUUUAAACUGAAGAAUUUAAAGGUCAUUUAAGACAUUUUAAGGAAUGACGCUCGCUCUGUCGCAAAAGUUGCUGAAAAGGUUUUAAUGAUAUUCUUUACCGUCAGAAUACAUCGAAUUCAUUACUUAAAGAAUACAUUGUUAUAAUUUCAAUUUGUGCUAAUUUUCUUGU